GUCACGUGCACGUGCAGUCUGCUGUUUUGUGGCGAUUUCAUGAUGAUUUGACGGUACUCGUUUUUUUUAAUGUGGAAAUAAGUCAUAAUGGAAUAACUGUCUUAAAAGGUCAUCAUGUCAACUAGGCGUAUUAUAAGUCCCGGUUCAACGGUUGGUCGGCUCUUUAGAGAGUCAUUCACAUUUGGACAUAAAGAAACAACAUAUUGGUUUCCUUCACAUAUGGCUAGAGGCAUGAAGAAGAUGCAGGCUAUGCUCAGAAAAAUGGACUGUGUUUUAGAAGUACACGAUGCAAGAAUUCCUUUGACGGGUCGUAAUCCAAUGUUUAAAAAGUUACUUGGUGUUAAGCCACAUCUACUGGUUCUCAAUAAAAUGGAUUUGAUAGAUUUGUCUAAAAGAAACGAAAUAAAAAGCAAACUUGCGGAGCAAGGAGUUGACAAUGUUUUAUUUACAAAUUGCAAUAAACAAGAAAGUAGAACAAUUAAACAUGUUGUAAAACAUGUUACUGAGAUGAUUGAAGAAAGUGAACGAUAUCAGCGAAGUGAGGAAGAAAAUUACAACCUGAUGGUCGUUGGUAUUCCCAACGUUGGUAAGUCAUCGGUUAUUAACGCAAUGAGAAGAAUGCAUCUCAAAAAAGGAAAAGCUACUAGAGUUGGAGCAAUUCCAGGCAUUACAAGGGGUGUACUCAAAGAUAUACAAGUUAGCAAUAGACCACCAAUAUAUUUAGUGGAUACACCAGGUAUUAUGGACCCACAUAUUCCAGGAAUAGAAGCUGGAAUGAAACUGGCACUAUGUGCCACUCUUCAUGACCACCAUAUUGGUUGUGAUGUUGUCGCCGAUUAUCUUCUGUUUUGGUUAAAUAAACACUCAAAGUUUGAGUAUGUAGAGGAGUUUGAAUUGGAAGAACCAACAGAUGAUAUCAUAUUUUUAAUGACACACUUGGCCAAAAAGGCAGGAAAGAUGCAGUACUUUAAGACUUUAGAUGGUUCCCGAGAAUUAAGACCUAAUUUAGAUGCGUCUGCAAACUACAUUCUAAGACUAUUCCGACAAGGACGUCUUGGUAAACACAUCAUAGACUUGGACUGAUGCUUCAUUUCCAGCAGUUGUACUGUAUAAAACAUUCUCUUGAAUAUUUUGAUGAGAAUUAACAAAGUUGUUAUAGACUGAUUACAAGUACAGCAGGUUUGACAAGAAGUUCCGGGAAUGAUGAUAUGGAACUGGUUUCAUUUGUGGUGCAUCUACUGGUUAUUAAAUAAACUCUGCUUGUACGUGUGUUGAAUAGUGUAGAGAACAAUUUAAGAAAUGCAAAACAAAUGUACACCAGGAAAUGGUUCACCAGCAGUAAAUCAUAUCACCAUGAAGAAAUAACUAUCACGGUUUUCCACAAAUAAA